UCAAAAUGGCCACUGCCUUGGAGCAAUAUGUGAACACGGUGCAAAGUUUGUCAUCCCAGGGAAACUUCACGCAACUGUGUGAAUUCAUAAGCAAGAGUGCUGAAGUUUUGACGAAGAAUGCUGCUCAUCUUGACAAUGUGUUGGCAACUCUGGAUGUUCAGCAGCACUCAUUGGGUAUACUUGGAAUAUUAUGUGUAAAGUAUAACCUUCCUCACAUCCCAGACUUUGAAACACUAUAUGUUCAGACCCAGGAGUUUAUUGUGACAUGCAAUGGAGAGCAAGUUAGAUAUGCAACAGACAGCUUUGCUGAUCUUUGCCAUAAAUUCACACACAACCUGGUUGACAAAAAACAACCUCUACGUGGUAUAUCCAUUCUUACAAAAGCCAUACAGAAAAUUCAGCUGUUUCCCAGUCAGCUGACUUCAAUACACUCUGAUCUGUGUCAGCUAUGUUUGCUCUCUAAGAAUCUGAAGCCAGCUUUACAAUUUCUGGAUAGUGAUAUCACCGAUCUCAGCAGAGAGGGUGGACAAUAUGAUGCAAAGGACUUUCUUCUGUAUUUCUACUAUGGUGGCAUGAUUUACACAGCUCUGAAACAGUACAAAAGAGGUCUUUAUUUCUUUGAGAUUGCAGUCACCACACCCAGCAUGGCUGUGAGCCACAUCAUGAUGGAGUCCUAUAAGAAGUUCAUCCUGCUCUCACUCAUUGUCCAUGGUAAAAUACCAAAUCUUCCAAAAUAUACUUCUCAAGUGGUACCAAGAUAUAUCAAGCCAUUAUGCCAGGCCUAUCAUGAUCUAGCCAAUGCCUAUGGAACGAAUAACCCAUCAGAACUACGUGCAGCAGUCUCCAAAAAUACAGAGGUUUAUACUAGGGACACCAAUUAUGGUCUAGUUAAGCAGUGCAUGAUAUCAAUAUACAAGAAAAAUAUUCAAAGGCUGACAAAGACAUUCCUCACCUUGUCCCUGACAGACAUGGCCAACAGAGUUCAACUGUCUGGUUUCAAAGAAGCAGAAAAAUAUGUGUUACACAUGAUUGAAGAUGGUGAAAUCUUUGCCACAAUAAAUCAGAAAGAUGGCAUGGUUCGUUUCCAUGACAAUCCAGAAAAGUACAACAGUUCUUCUACAUUAUUACAUGUGGACCAAGAGAUGCAAAAGUGUAUGCGGCUUGAUGAAAAACUGAAAGAAAUGGACCGAGAAAUCUCAGUUAACCCACAGUAUGUUCAGAAGAGUUCUAGUUCCCAUGAAGAUGACUUACCUGGUUCAUCGAAAGGUCAAGGUUAUUGAAGAAAAAUUAAUCGGAAAUCCUGAUGUGACAUUGUUGAUUAAUUUAUACAAAGUCUGAUGUGAUGAGGCAAUAUGAACACAUGUUAAACUUAAAAGGCAACACUUGUAAAAAAGACGCAUUUGCCCACUACAUGGAACUGUUCACUGUGCCAUAUUUUCCCCAUCAUUCAUCAUUAGAAACUCUUUAAUUUAUAGUUAUCGGUGGACAUAAAUAAUUGAGAUAACUCUUGGUGUAUCGUGUCUUUAAUAAAACAGUUUGCCAGGGUUGUCCAUUGGAAUCUUCCCAAGGUGCUUAUGUUUAUAUCAUUAGUCAGAAUUUAGCUGCUUACUGAUAACAUCAAAUCAUGUACAAUGUGAAUAUAUAUUUAUCUUGUUUCUUUUUAAUACUAGAAGGGUAAAAAUAAAUAUUGGAAUAUGUCCACCACAAAAUUGUAAGAACAUUAGGUGUUUGUUUUUGUUUUUUUAAUCAUUUGCCAAAUGUAUUUCUGUUCAUCCUGAUGUUUGUAAUAACCCCAAAUGCAUUUUGUUCAAAACUGAAAAAGCUGCAUAGGCGGAACGUAGCCCAGUGGUAAAGCAGUCGGUUUGGGAUCAAUCCCUGUUAGUUGAUCCAUUGGGCUAUUUCUUGUUCCAGCCAGUGCACCAUGACUGGUAUAUCAAAGGCUGUGGUAUAUGCU